AGCAUUUCAGAGUGGAACCGCGAGAAGCCGCUUGUAAACAGAGCCGGGCCGGGAUGGUCAGCGGCUGGGCUGGCUGUCACCGAGAGGCGGGCGGCGGGCUGCGGGAGCCAAGCCCCCGCCAGCAGCGGACUGCAGGCCCCGCAGGUGAAGGGAGAGUAGCAGCCGGCGCCCGGGAAAUCAAGGAUUGGCAUGGCGUUGCUUUGACAAGUACUUCCUGUUGUCUUCACAGAGGUCUUGCUGAAGAAUAAUCUCAAAGGAACAUUUGGUCUCCCUAUACAUCUGUUAAUGUCCAUUAGCCAGUAGCAAAUGCUUUUAAUUACUGGGAAAACAUCAACCACCUUUGUGUUUGGCCUGCUCCAGGAAGCCCAAUGAAGGUUUCUUCCAGUUGUUUCCAUAGCUGUAUUGCUGAAGCACCCCUCUUGGGUGAAUGUUCAUGAAGCCAUUUCUGGAACCAGCUUAGGAGGCUGAGGCCUCCUGGAGCCUGUGACAUGGAAGCUUUGGAAGUGGAUGAUAUCAGCCCGGCCUUAGAAGUUACAGAGGAGUUCUUUAGUACUUUGGAUAGUAAGCUAGAAAAGGCUGUGCAGCAAGCAGAGGUUUAUGGGAUCCAGGAAGUCCCUGAACUGGUGGGGCAUGAGGUACUCAGUAACAUAACAGACAAUGGUGCUAUGAGAAAUGUCACCUCCCUGGGCAAGGGGGGCAUGAUUUGGGACCACUGUAAGAGCAGGCUCUUAGAAACCAAAGCUCAAAAUGUCUUCCCUGCCAAAGAACAGUUUAUGGUCCAGAGAGGGACAACCCCAGAUAAUCUUUCCUGGAUGGAACAAAAGGAAGCAUCAACCUUUAAUUUUUUCAAUAUCUGUCAGCGUCGGAGGGACCGGCCUCGUUCUGUAAAUGACUUACUGGAUGAGACCUCAACUUUCAAGCCAGGGCAUGCUCGAUCACGAUCAGAUAUUACCCAAGUGGAUUGGAGGGUGGUCCUCAAAACCACGCCUCUGCAGCAGCAGCAACAGCAGCAGCCAUCGCUUCAAGGCCCGCACGUCACCAGGCCAUCUUUUCUGUUGCCCUCACCAAAUAAGAUAGAAGAUGCUCAAGGAAAUACCGAACACAAGCAGACAUUCCCAAACAUUCUAAAGAAGGGUUACCUGGAGAUUAGAAAGGACCAUGACAGUUACUGGCAAAGCUGUUAUGCAGAACUUUCACCUUACAACUUAUACUUCUACAGCCUCGACAGCAGUGGGAAUCAAAACCUGUAUGCCACGUACCAGCUUUCACACUUCCAGAGCAUAUCUGUUUUAGGCAACCUGGAGGCCAGGAUGGUGGAUACUGUUUUGUAUGACAACACUCAGCUACAGCUAAAGGCAGAGUCACCAUGGGAGGCUUUGGACUGGGGGCAGAAGCUUUGGGAAGUCGUGCAUGCUGCUGUGCCUGGUUACAUGGGGCGGCAGAAUGAGCUGACAAUCUCACCAGGGCUUGGCCAUCAUGAUGACUAUACACAGUAUCAUUGUUUCCAGAAGAAAGCCAGUGGGCUGCUGCCACCGUCCCCUGUGCUAGAUAGCCCCAAACAGUACCAAAACAUCCUCAAAUCAGGGACUCUCUACAGGCUGACUGUCCAAAACAACUGGAAGGCAUUUACGUUUGUGCUGAGCAGGGCCUACCUUAUGGCUUUUCAGCCCGGCAAGCUAGACGAGGAUCCACUGUUGAGCUACAAUGUGGAUGUGUGUCUGGCUGUCCAGAUGGACAACCUGGAUGGCUGCGACUCUUGCUUUCAAGUCAUUUUCCCCCAGGAUGUCCUUCGCCUCCGAGCUGAGACCCGACAGAGAGCUCAGGAAUGGAUGGAGGCUCUGAAGACAGCUGCCAAUGCGGCCAGGAGUUCAGAGCAAAACCUGCAAGUCACACUGAGGAACAAACCCAAGGAUCAGACGGGUGGGCAUGAACUCAGGAAGAAUAAACGCCAAUCUGUGACUACCAGCUUCCUGAGCAUUUUGACGACUUUGUCUUUGGAACGAGGACUCACUGCUCAGAGUUUCAAAUGUGCAGGCUGCCAGCGAUCCAUAGGUCUUUCCAAUGGGAAGGCCAAGGUGUGCAACUACAGUGGGUGGUAUUACUGCAGCAGCUGCCACGUGGAUGACAGCUUUCUCAUCCCAGCACGCAUAGUCCACAACUGGGAUACUUCAAAAUAUAAGGUGUCGAAGCAGGCCAAGGAGUUUCUGGAGUACGUGUACGAGGAGCCGCUCAUCGACAUCCAGCAGGAGAACGCCAUGCUGUACCACCACGCAGAGCCGCUGGCCGCCGUGCUGCGGCUGCGGCAGCGGCUGAAGUCGCUCCGAGCCUAUUUGUUCAGCUGCCGGGCAGCGGUGGCAGAGGAUCUCCGCCGCAGAAAUGACCAGCCGCAUGCAUUAGUUAUGUUAAUGUUUUUGGAGAAUUUUCCCCAGAGAGUACCUCCUUCAACAGAUCCACCUGUAUUCCCUCGCCGACCUGCAGCAGACCCAGGCGCCGCAGCCAAAUUGCACAGAUGAUUGAAGGAUCGGGGGAGCUCGGCAUGGGCUGUGGCAGAAAAUGUGCAGAGCUAAGGACAAAGUCACUACCUUUUGUGGAAGCCAGAUCAGAAAGAUAACUGUGCGUUGUGAGUGGUGGAUAGAGAGCCCUGUUGCCCAGGUGAGAAGGAGCUCAGUUGAGAUAAGGAUUCCAGGAGCCAACUCUAGCCCCUCAGGUAGAGACAACACAAUACCGGUUGAGGCUGCAGCUGUGGAGUUGGAUGGUGUUUAGUCAGUGCUGAAAUCACUCUCCUGGGAGUCCUUUGGCAUGCAGCCUUCUGAGUGCUGCUGUUGUUGUUGGGUUUUUGUUGUUUCAUAUUUUAAAAGAGCAAUCCUAAUACUGACGAAGUGAGGGCCUGUUUUCAAAGAACAUUUACUUAAAGAUAUAGAGUAAGGUUAGCAUCGGUCUUGCCAGUGGUAGAAACCUAUGCCACCAACAGCCAUUGUGAAAGGGACCCAGUAGUCUUUCUGGUUCUUCAUUUCUAUUCAGUUUGAUUCAACAAGUGUGUAUUGAUUGAAUGCUUUCUGUGUGCUAAUCAUUGAGCUAGCCACAGAGGAGGCAAAGGUGAUUAAGCUACAGUCCCUUCCCUCACUGAGCUCACAGUCUGAUGAGAGAGGCAGAUAGGCAUUAAGUCAGGGGAGUUGAACCUAGGGUACUUGGGGAAUACAUCUGACCAAGUGUGUGGCAGAUUGUAUUUUGCAAAGAUAGCUGCAACAGUAUCUUCCAUCCCACAUGUCUUUUUUACACUGUGACUCUGUUGCCCCUCCUAUUCAGUGGUGGGAUCUGUGUUCCUUCUCCCCAAAUUUGGGCAGGCCUGUGACUAUGGAAGUGAUGCCAUGUGAUUUCCAAAGCCAAGUCAUAAAAGGUAAUAUAGGUCCAACCUGGUGCUUUCUGGAGAUGCUCACUCAUGGCAACCCAGUGGCCAUGUUGUAAGGAAGUCCAGAUGAGCCCUCAUAGAAGAACCACAUGAGCAGGCCUCAUGGUGGUGGUUCUAGCUGACAGCAAUCAUCAACCACCAGAGAGAUGAGUAGAGACAACCCCACAUGAUUCCAGCUGCUCUAGCCUUCAAGUCUUCUCACCUGAGCCUAUAGAUGAGGCUGCAGAUAUUAUGGAGCAGAAACAAACCAUCUCCAUAGUGUCCUUCCUGGAGUCCUGACCGACAAAAUGUGUGAGCCCAUAAUAAAUGAUUGUUUUGCACCAC